CGCCUAAAACGUGACGAAAGGAGAUUAUUAUAAUGAGCUUGAGUAGUGUUCAAGACACAGAGCCAGUGUUUGCUAAUAUUACACAACCUUCGUAAGACUGUUUCGGGAAAAGCUGUUCAUCAGUGUCCCUAAUGGAGCAGGUCCUUCGAGGACAGAAUAAACGUCUGUGCAGCAAUGAUGUCCCGCGUAGAAGUCCUAGAAAAAGGACUAAGAUGGAGGAGCAUGAGAGCAUGAAGGAGGAGGAGGACGCUUUUGAAGGGUUCCCGUAUCCUAUUCCUUGGCAAAAACUGGAAGCGGAAGGACUGGACUGUGAUUAUGCUUUACUCUUCACAAAGGAGGAGGCAGAUAACCUUUUCAGACAGCUUGAGGAGGAGGUGGUGUACUCAACAGGAGAGGAAUCAAAGGUCCAGAUUUUCGGAAAGGUUUAUGAUAUACCAAGAAAACAAGCGACCUAUGGGAAUGCUGGCCUUACUUACACUUAUUCCGGGGUAAAGCGUCUAGCUUGCCCCUGGACUCCGACCUUGGAGUAUAUCCGAAACGCAGUCACAGAUGCAACCGGCCAGAGUUUCAACUUUGUGUUGAUCAAUAGGUACAAAGAUGGACGAGAUCACAUGGGGGAGCAUCGGGACGACGAGAAGGAGCUGGACCCCUCCUGUCCCAUUGCCUCUGUCUCUUUAGGAGCAGCUAGAGACUUUAUCUUUAGACACAGAGAUGCUAGAGGGAAACAGAGCAGCCGACAAAUUGAUCCUGUGAAGCUGGAGCUUGCUCAUGGAAGUCUGCUCCUCAUGAACCCUCCGACAAAUACCUACUGGUACCACAGCCUCCCUGUUCGGAAGAAGGUCCUCUCGCCUCGCAUUAAUCUCACCUUUAGACGAAUCCUGGUGGACAUCAAAAAAACAAUAAAAAAGGAAAAUAACAGCAAGGACCCAGGUUAGAGAGCUCAUUCUGAAAAAAAAAAAAAAUUCUGUCAAACUAAAUAAAGACUUAAAAGAACUUUCAAACUUUUCUGGUAAAUCUGUCCGACCCACAGUAUAUAGCCAGUGACAUAUAAAGCUGCGCAUCUUGUUUAGUUCAUCGAUCUGUUUUUGUUGUAAAUCUGUAUAUUUAUAUAAUAAUGGUAGAAUCUGAGCAUCACAAAAAGGUUUCUACUCCUUCUCUAAUGACAUCACAGAAGUAGGACUUUUUGAGUCUUUCCGUUCCUUUUAUUCACCUCAAUAAAAUGCACAUCUAUCAGUGUUCCACUGGGGUCAGCUGACACACUUAAAUCUUGUGCCUUUCUG